AUGGCGGAUGAAGAGGACGAGAGGGUUUUGGAACAGCAGCUCCAUUUUCAGCUCAACGAACAGAAGGAAUCUCUCGCCGCCGUCGCCGACGCCCUCGCCGUCGACACCUCGAAUCCCGAGCUUCUUUCGAUUCAUUUAGAGCUUGUUCAGUCCAUCAAAGAAGCUGAGGAGGGACUCUUCCAUCUGAAAAAGGCAAGAUUGCUCCGGGAGGCUGAUUCCAUUUUGGAAGACUCGGUUAGCGUUGAUGUCAAACUGGAGCCUUUGGACCCAAUGAGUGCCGAAGCUGAACCAUUGGCGUAUGAAAGCUUUUCCGUUGGAUCAAAAUGUAGAUUCCGCCAUACCAAUGGACGGUGGUAUGAUGGGCAAGUUGUUGGUCUGGAAGGUUCCGAAUCUGCAAAGAUAUCUUUCCUUACUCCAACAUCUGAAAGCAUGUUGAUGUGCAAGUUCUUUCUACAGAAACGGUGUCGAUUUGGUAGUAGUUGCCGCUUAUCACAUGGCAUUGACGUCCCAUUAUCUUCCCUAAAAACGUACAAAUCCACUACAUGGGAGCAAACGCUGGUGGGUUCCACCGUAUGGGCCGUCCCGGACCCCAAAGGCAGUGGUAUCUGGAGAGAAGCCGAGCUCGAAUCGUGGGACGAUGAACUGAAAACGGGCCAGGUCAUUUUUCGAGACGACGGCACCUCGAAAAAUCUUGAAGCUGAAUCGAUCGCGUUAUCCGAAUACGCUGAGGUAAGCGGCGGCGAAGAAGAAGAAACCGACACGAGUUCAGACCUUUUGGAUUCGAGCGAGUACGAAGAAGAAGACGAUGACAGCUGGCAACAAGGUCUGGGAUUUAUAGAAAGCACGAAUUUGCGGAGAGGUGUCCAAACCGAAACAGCUAUUUUCGCCAAGUGGGAAAAUCACACGCGGGGGAUCGCCUCUAAAAUGAUGGCGAGCAUGGGCUAUCGUGAGGGGAUGGGUCUCGGUGCAUCCGGGCAAGGUAUAGUGGACCCCAUCCCGGUAAAAGUACUUCCACCUAAGCAAUCUCUUGAUUACGUGGUUAAAAAUAAUAAUAAAAAAAUUAGUGAAAAUAAGGAGAUGGGGGUAAAAAAGAAGCGGACGAGGGGCGGGAAGAGAAUACGUGACAAGAAGCUGGCGGCAAACGUUAACGCGGCCCAGGAUGAAGAAGAUUCGAAAGAUGUUUUUAGCCUCAUCAACAGCCAGCUGGCAGCCCAUGGGCGAAGUUUGGUUGGUGGUGGUUCAGAGAGGAAGAGGAAAAACGAGGUGGAUGAAGAUGUAUUCAAGAAAGAGGAUAGGCGGGCCUUGCUGGCCCGUGAAGACGAGGUGAAAAACCUUAGGGCCCAGGCCGACAGGUUGGAGGAGAUGGCCCAACGGAAUAGGAAAGAGAAAGUCGUGCAUGAUGCGGCCAUGAGAAAGCUGAACGAAGUACGAAAAGCUCUUGCAGGUGCUGAGGCAGCUCGUGCUUCUACCUCGAAUGCAGUCUCUAGGAAGGAGAAGGAGAAGAAGUGGCUCAAAUUUUGA